GGCUUCCACGACUAUCUACUAUAUAUAAAUAGUCCCUUCCUUGAACUUGAAACUCAUAAUUCACUACUAACCACUGCUACUACUUGGUAAUCUCUAAGCCUUAUCUGUAUAUAUUACACGAUGGUUAAACCCUUUUGGAGAAAAGGUACCACCAGCUUGGAGAGAAGUAAGACCAGUCUCACAAAGAAUGAUGGCUUGACAUGGUACAAAGAUCUUGGCCUUCACGCCUUUGGAGAGUUUUCAAUGGCAAUGAUCCAAGCCAACAGUGUGAUGGAGGAUCAGUGCCAGAUAGAAUCAGGGCCGUUGACAUUCAACAACCCUGAAGUUCAAGGCACGUUUGUUGGAGUUUACGAUGGCCAUGGAGGUCCAGAGGCUUCCAGAUUCAUUGCAGACAACAUCUUCCCCAAUUUAAAGAAGUUUGCCACCGAGAGUGGAGAGAUCUCAGAGGAGGUGAUGAGGAACGCAUUUGGAGAGACAGAGGAAGAUUUUCUCAUGGCAGUGAAGAAGCAAUGGCGCAAGAACCCACAGAUGGCAUCAGUGGGGUCAUGUUGCUUGGCAGGAGUGAUAUGCAACGGACUGGUGUAUAUUGCAAACGCAGGAGACUCAAGGGCUGUGCUGGGAAGAUCUGAGAGAGGUGGAGUGAGAGCUGUUCAGUUAUCAGUAGAGCACAACGCCAAUGUAGAGUCUGCGAGGCAAGAGCUAUGGUCGAUGCAUCCCAAUGAUCCCAACAUUCUUGUGAUGAAGCACCGGAUGUGGCGUGUGAAGGGCAUCGUCCAGGUGACAAAAUCCAUAGGUGAUGCAUACCUCAAAAGAGCAGAGUUCAACAGGGAGCCGUUGCUGCCUAAAUACAGAGUAGCAGAACACUUCACCAAGCCUAUCCUUAGCGCUGAUCCAUCAGUCACCGUUACUCAGCUUGAACCAGAAGACGAGUUCAUGAUUCUUGCUUCAGACGGGCUUUGGGAGCAUCUUAGCAACCAGGUAGCUGUUGAUAUUGUACAUAGUUCCGCACGCCAAGGAAUAGCAAGGAGACUACUCAAAGCUGCGUUGAAGGAAGCAGCAAAGAAAAGAGAGAUGAGAUACUCUGACCUAAAAGAGAUCAAUCCUGGUGUUAGAAGACAUUUCCAUGACGAUAUAACCGUUAUUGUGGUCUAUCUCGAGCCUCAAUAAGAGGUGGAUACUCAACGCAUUCUUCAUCAUGAUUGAUCAGACAAUGUGUAAUUCCUUGGGAGUAAAAAUAAAUGUCGGAAGCAGGAGCACGGAAUCACUAGUAGUAUAGCUAGAAUAAUAUUUUAAGUUGCGAGAUCUUCUAAAAUAUGUUCUUUUUCUAAGAAAACAUAUGUUAAAUGUUCCCCUGUAUG